UUACCGAGUAUUUAACGAUUGGGCUUCCUGUGGUCUACUUCCUGUUGUUUUUCCCGUCUUCGUUCGUUUAAAGACCUUUAAACGAUGGCCGAAUCAAAACUGCUAAGCAUUUCUCUGCAAGAAGAUGAAUUAUGUUGUCCUGUGUGUUUCGAUGAACUCGAGGAGCCAAAAGCUUUGCCUCAGUGUCUUCACAACUUUUGUAAAAAAUGCUUGGAGAGUAUCAAGAGGGCUGGAAAUCGAAAUCAGUUGAUCGAGUGUCCAACUUGCCGAGUCAAUUCUGUCUUACCCGAAGGAAGUGUGGAUCGACUGCCUACAAAUCAUUUUUUGAAGAGUUUGGUUGAAAGGAUUCCAGGAAGAAAAGAAAAGUUAGAACUUAAGAAGAUCGUACAAGAGUGCGAAAGCAACUUCGUGUUCUGUAAAGCAAAACUUCAAGAGAAAACUACCUCAUUGAAAAUCUAUGAGCAAGAACUUCAAAGAUUGCUUCAAGUAAGAAGAGACAUUUGUGAUCAUGCCAAAUAUCUUAUCGAUAUAAUCCAAGAAAGUUCGAAGAUGUUGUGUUUUCAAAUAGAUAAUCACAUCGCAGAGACGUCGUCUCUUAUCGCGAAGCACGAACAAUGUAAUGGUAACCUGAUUGACAUCGCGAGCAAGGCGAGUGAUUUCCUAGAAAAUGCGAAAGCCUUGUUGAAGAGAAAUGACCAACAAGAGAUCUCUGGAAGCAAAAAAGCGAUUGAGGAUGAAGUCCAAAGGCUAAACGACAGUAUCCUUUUUCGAAUAUCUGAUGCAAAUUCUUUAGAUGGAAACUUCAAAGAAAUAGAGUUUAAGAAAAUGAAUGAAGAAACGAGCGGAGAAAAGAUAUUUGGUGUCCUUCGAGAGCCACCAACACUGAAUUUAUUUACUUUCGGUAAUCUCCAGCAGGCCCCUACUCAUUCUCAUUCCACAUAUUGGUGGCCAAGCUAUGCAUCGUUACGAAGUACAAAUUCUUAAUCUCCAAACCCCUCAUAAAGCUGCCUGUACGCCCAGUGGCAUCAGUA